UGUCAAGAGCUUCCUUUCAGCAGCCAAUCACCACGAGAGGAUUUAUGGCUGUAUUUUAAAGCAGCAUCUCUUGGUCCAAUCAGCUGCAAGAGAAUAGUUCAGACUUUUGGUUCCGUAGUGUGAUCGUGUGGGGCUCUCCGGGGGGUAUGAAGAUGGCCCAAAACCUCUUCAGAUCGUUCUUGUCUAUUCCGGUCAAGCGUCUCAUGCCGUUGCUUCGUCCCCAACCCUCAUUGCUUCUGUACAGGGUUUCAGCUCUGCCGUGCAGGAUCCCCUUGUGUACUUCCUUUCCUUCUCCUGCCAUGCCCACGCAGACUAGGACAUUUUCUACUACUCAGGUCUUUCAGCAUACUUUUAAUGUCCAGGAUGAAAAUGACUUCCAAGACAGAGUUUUGAAAAGUCAAAAACCAGUGGUGAUAGAUUUCCAUGCCCAAUGGUGCGGUCCCUGCAAAAUCCUGGGUCCCAGACUAGAAAAAGUGGUGGCCAAGCAUGGGGGGAAGAUUCUGAUGGCAAAAGUGGACAUUGAUGAUCACACUGAUCUUGCCCUUGAAUAUGAGGUGUCAGCUGUACCCACUGUCAUAGCCAUGAAGAAUGGGGAUGUGGUGGAUAAGUUUGUGGGAAUCAAAGAUGAAGAUCAGCUAGAAGCCUUCCUCAAAAAACUCAUUGGGCCCUGAGCAGCGACAGUUGUGUUCCACGAGCCAAGACUUUUUCCAUUUGUCCUUUUUAUUAAAAAAAAAUACAUGUUUCCUUAGAGGGGAAUGAGGGGAAAUAUUUAUAGUUGGACUAGUGUCUGGUUUUUGAAGAGAGUAGAUGAUGUGUGCUUCCCCCUUCUUCUUGGGGGAGUGGUGCUAGUAGUUCCUAAUGUGGUGGAAAGGCUGAUUGCUCUGUGAUAGAGAAAGAAUAGAGGCUGCUGCCUGCUAGCAGAUGCCCAAUGUCAAGAAAGUCUUCCGAAUGUAGCAGCCUCUUCCUGAUGGACUUUCUCAUAUACAGUAUAUUGGAGAAACUUCCCUCUCCUGUCCAGUGUAAAGCCAGUGUGGUUAAAUAUUGCUGCUUGUGAUGGCAGUCACUCUGCUUCAUUUCUGCAGCUUUCCUCCUGUCUAGUGGUAGCUUAAAAUCAUCUGCAGCUUUUAGUUGUAGCCUCAGUGCCUCCCCUGCUGUACAUCAAUUAAAUGGAGAAAAAUAUUAAUCGAUCGGAGCCUUUUUUUUUUAGUACAUCUGUAAUAAAGAUAGCUUUAAUUACUCCGUUUUCCUUUGGUAUAGAAUCCCCCUUCUUCAGAAAAAUUAAAGUUGUUCAACAUCA